UGAGCCAAAACCAAAGGCAUCAACACCUCAACCAUUACUUCUCUCCGGCCUUUCUUUGCGAUAAGUUGAUAAAGUUCCAAUCCUUACUUCAAAGUUCAAGCUUUCCUUUUCUUAAUUAAAAAAAUAAGCAGAAAGAAACCCUUUGGAGCUCUCUCCUUGUUUCCAUCUCCGUAUCUACGCCCAGUGUUCCAUCAACUCAUUUUCUGUCCUUCUCCAAAUAAACUUCCCGUUCUUUUUCUUUCUAUUUGAACCCGAAUGUUUCGUGCAUUGGCUUCUGUUUUGCUUUGUUGCUUCUUCCUUGAAGCCUCUUUUUGGGUUCACUUUUCUUAUGGGGACUUGACAACCUGCUCGGGGAUUGUUCCUAUGACGGAAAGAGGCGAUAAGAUAUCGAUAACGGACUUUGGUGGUGUCGGCGACGGACAGACGCUCAAUACCAUAGCCUUCCGGAAAGCUAUAUAUCGGAUUCAGCAUCUGAGAAGGAGAGGCGGCACGCUACUUUUUGUGCCUUCUGGAGUCUACUUAACCGACAGUUUCAAUCUUACUAGUCAUAUGACACUUUAUUUGGCUCGAGGUGCUGUUAUGAAAGCCACUCAGGACACCUCAAAUUGGCCUUUAAUUGCUCCUUUGCCAUCUUAUGGAAGGGGAAGGGAGCGCCCUGGAGGAAGAUAUAUGAGCUUUAUUCAUGGAGAUGGACUGGAAGAUGUGGUGAUAACUGGUGAGAAUGGCACAAUUGAUGGUCAAGGAGAUAUUUGGUGGAACAUGUGGAGGCAGAGGACUCUCCAGUUUACAAGACCAAGUCUCGUUGAAUUUGUGAAUUCCAGAGGCAUUGUCAUUUCCAAUGUGAUUUUUAGAAAUUCCCCCUUCUGGAACAUUCAUCCUGUUUAUUGCAGCGAUGUUGUUAUUCGAUAUGUUACCAUCCUUGCUCCACCUGACUCCCCAAAUACUGAUGGGAUUGAUCCAGAUUCAAGCUCCAAUGUCUGCAUAGAAGACUCGUUCAUUUCUACCGGGGAUGACCUUGUGGCAGUGAAGAGUGGAUGGGAUGAAUACGGGAUUGCUUAUGGACGCCCCAGUUCUUACAUCACUGUUCGGCGAGUAACAGGUUCAACCCCAUUUGCUGGAGUUGCAGUGGGAAGUGAAACAUCUGGAGGAGUGGAGAAUGUGUUGGCCGAGAACAUAAAUCUUUACAACUCCGGAGUUGGUGUUCACAUCAAGACUAACAUCGGCAGGGGAGGGGUUAUAAAGAACAUCACAGUGUCUGAACUGUUCAUGGAAAACGUUAGAACAGGUAUAAAAGUAGCAGGUGACACCGGCGACCACCCUGAUAACAAUUUUAACCCAAACGCCCUCCCAUAUGUCAAGGACCUUAUGUUAAAGAACAUUUGGGGUGUGAAUGUCCAGCGAGCAGGUUGGAUGCAUGGCAUCGAGAAUGCCACUUUCACCGGCAUCUGUCUUUCAAACGUUACCCUCCAGGGCACGACUGGACCAAGACCUCCUUCCUGGAACUGCAAUGCCAUAAGGGGGGCUGCAAUCGAGGUUAGCCCACGGCCAUGCGCUGAACUCACCAGCGUAGAACAGAGUGGUUCAUGCGCCAGCCAUUCCUAAGAUUCAUGUUAUAAAAUAUAGUUUUCUACUCUGAUUUUAACCCUUUUAUGUCUCUUUUUUUUUUCUUUAAUAUUCACGUUAAACCUUUCCAUUGCAACAAGUAAAAAAAUUCAUGAAAAACAGAACAACAAAACCAGUGAUCUGGCAAUAUGAAAUCUCACAGCGCAGUUACUAUAAUACAAGGAACAUCAUAUGGUUCAUCUCAAA